GGCCUGCCGAUGAAUCUGAAGGACCACUUUGAUCUUGGCCGCCCACUGGGACAUGGUGGAAACGCUGUGGUCGUCCGUGCCAUCUCAAGGCACACUGGCAAGGAGUACGCCUGCAAGUGCAUCUCUAAGAGAGCCGACCACAAGUUUGCCAUCCAGAGGGAGUUGGAUGCCGUCAGGAAGUUGAGAGGGGCGCUGAACAUAGCUGCCUUUGAGGAUGCUUACGAGGACAACGAACAUGUGUACAUCAUCACAGAGCUCUGCAGGGGCGGGGAGCUCUGGCAUCGCGUUGGAGACAAACACUACUCAGAGCGCACAGUGGCAAGUUACAUGCGAGCAGUCUUGCGGACGCUUGCACAGUUCCACUCCCACAGGCUGCUGCACAGGGAUAUCAAGCCAGGCAACUUCAUGCUGCUGAGCGAGGAUGAGCGGUCUCCUCUGAAGGCCAUUGACUUUGGCCUGGCAGUGUCAUUUGACGCAGAGCAGCUGCCCAGAUCAGAUCUGGGACUUGAGGGAACCCCCUGGUUCAUGGCGCCGGAGGUGCUUAGCUCUGCAGUGGUGCCGGCCUCAGACAUCUGGUCAGCCGGUGUCAUGGCCCACCAGCUGCUGACUGGACGCUUCCCCUUCGAUGACAGGGCCAACCCCGGAAGGCCCGCCAUCAGCAAGAUCUGGCAGUCAAUCUUGCUGGACAAGCUGAACUUCAAGCGCAGCUGCUGGGACGGCAUCAGCGACGAGGGCAAGGACUUUGUGGCGCAGCUGCUCAAUAAGGACCCUGCCAAGCGGCCCACCGCCAAGGAGGCCCUGAAGCACCCCUGGCUGCGUGGCUCCGUCUCAGACCGCUCCACUGGGAAGCCACUCAGCCUCAAGGUUGUGCAACGCAUCCAGAGGUACGGCCAGUCGUCGCAGUUCAAGCGCACGGUGCUGGAGUUCAUAGUUGAGGAGAUGCUGGCCGCGCGCUCGGCAGAGCCAGCCGACGCCACCUCGUGCCCGGUGGGCAGGGGGGCAACGCCGGUGGUGACCAGCCCCAUAAUUUGCUGUGUGGGUGGGGCAGGCUACAAGCUGGACACUGGGGAGGUGGACCGGCUGUUGGACCAAUUGGACCUGGGCCACACAGGGCGAGUGGCCAAGGGGCAGUUUGCGGCCAGCCAGAUUGACUGGGGCGCGCUGCAGCAGGACCAUGCGCGCUGGCUCGACUGCGUCCGCCGCGCAUUCGCCGAAUUCGACGCUGACGGCGACGGCGUGUGCAGCGUCGACGAGAUUGUCGCCUGCCUCAAGACCAAGCUGCCCCUCACAGAGGUGCGC